AACAAGGAAAAGUACAAAAGUAUCAAGGACGAGGAAAACUGUCUGCUAGGCCUGGGCUUGGGUUUAUAACGUUUUAUAAUUUUUCUGCAUGGAUUACAAACAUUUCUACCUUAUUCGUAGAUUAAACUUAUUUUUAAAUUGUCAGAUCCAUUAAAUUGGUGAAAUACCGAACUGUAAAUUUUGAACUGUAAAUUUUUAACACAAGAAACUUGUGAAUUAACCUAGUUGUGUCUAUGAAGUUUAGUAGGGCCUACUGAGUAUUCGUAUUCACUGAGUAGGUUGAUAGAUAAGUGAUAAGUGAACUUUAGUAGACAAUGUUGGUUAGUAGGAAGUAGGGGUAGGCGUACGAUAGGCUUAGGUUACACAACCUUGGGGGGUAUUUUACUUGGUUUUCGUUUGAUGAAGAUAUCUAUUACAGUUAUCUAGGCAGUGUGAUAAAAAGGCAUUUAAAAAAUGCUUUUACACAGGACCUAUCAACCAAAUCCUGUUCUGGAGAUAAAGAGAGAUGGAUAUUUGGCUGAAGAAAAGGAAGUUAGAGAUAAUUAUGUAGCAUCUUUCAAGAGCUCAAUUGCUAAGACAAAACACCUUCAUGCAAAUAUUCUUUUCACCACACAAUGUGGCCGAAUGAUCUUGCAAGAUAUUUGUUGUUUGGUCACAUGUAUCAACGCCAGUGUGGUGAACAAAGAUUGGAACGAUUUAGCAGUUGCCUUAGGUUACAGUGGAAAUGAGGUCAAGUGCAUUAACAAUUUUAGAGGGGACAUUUAUGAUCCUACAGAACUAACUCUGAAGUAUUACGCAGCAACUAAGGACGGGACCAUUGCUGAUGUAUUGCAAGCACUUUUGGAUUUGGGAUUUCUGCCUGCACUUCGAGAAGCUGAAAAACACAUUAAUACAUUGUUGAUUGAAGUGGAAGGUGAAAAAAAAGACUUGAUUGAAACACCAACUAAGGAAGAAGAUAAUGGUAUACAUGACAAAAUCCUUAAUGUUGUGAAGGCUGCAAAUUUCAAACCAUUUGUACCUGCAAUUUUCAAUCCAAUCAAAUUAAAAGAUGUUUCUACAAGUUUAUCUGGAAUUCAUACUGUGAAAGAAAAUGAAAGAAUCCAGACAUCCAAAGCUCAGAGUAAGAAAGGUUCACAGAAAUACUGCAAAUAUGUCAUGCUGUCCUUUGCUAAUGAUGGGCAUUCAACUGCAUUGAGAGUGGCUUCAGUAUUUCGAGCCACCACAAAUAAAAAAGGAUUACCCAUAGGAGUGCUGAUGUUGUGUGAAAAUGAUAAUCAGAUUUUGGAAAAUCCUGGUCAAAUCAUUCCAGAUAUUAUUGCAAAGAUGGAUUAUGUGGUACCAGUGCUAACAGAGGGGUACUUCAGAGCUUUAAAAGAACCUGAUUUGCAAGCGAGGUUGUUGGACGAACGCUACAUUCAGUUCAUUCAUGACAUUCUAGUCUCCAAGUACAUUCGUAAUAGUUGUCUCAACAUUGAGGUUCGAUCUGUUAUACCAAACAAUUCUAUCAACUCCGUGUACUUUAAGGAAGAUUUCAUUCACCACUCCAUCUUCAAUGCUUGGAAAAGCGAAGAUGAAAUACAAAUUUUAGCAGAUUCCAUAGUAAAACAUAAACGCAUUGUAGCUCAGUGAGUAUAAAUUAGGAGAUAAGAGGUCAUUUUAAAAUUGGUUUUUUUAUGGAAAUUAAUUUGUUUGUACCCACAAAAGUCUACUGUAAUGCAGGGGUUGUAAUGUUAAUAUUUUCUACUAACAUAAUCUAAUUUGUGAUAUUUAAUUUACAAGAGCUUUUUUUGUUCUAUCUUGUCAAUGUAAAUAAAUAUAGUAAUUCAAA